GUUCCAGGCUGUGCUGUGUGGAUGCAGACAUGGCCGCCCUAGGUCGUCCCUUACACACGUUCCGCAGCCUUCUGCGAGAACUGCGGCUGACGUACGGCGCGGAGCUUUACAGGAAGACGGCGGCCUGCGCUUUUAUUCGGGAACAAUUCAGAAGGAAUCAGGUAACCAGUGAAAAGCUGUGCUUAGCCCAACAGGAACUGCACUUCCAAGCCUCCACGUACUUGUGUCUUCUUCAAAGCGUCAGAAACCAUCUUAUCUUCCAUGAAGAAUAUCACGGCAAAGGGGAACGUUCUACUGAAGAAGCGGCUGCUCUUGUGGGUCUUAAGGUUCCACAGCAACCUGGAGGAAAGGGCUGGGAGAGGUGAACGGCUGUUAUCCAGGAACUGUCUCAAAUCCUAAAAUCUAGUCACAUUGUUAUUGUUGUUUUGAAUAAAAAUAUAUCUUGUUCACAUUUAAA